GCUAUCCAGUCUUCAAGAGAAAAGGCUGAAUUUCUUGACAACAGAUAACAACUUUCAAAUCAUGAGCGAGGUUUCCAAAGAUUCUUUGCGGAGGAUCCUGCUGCAGCUCGACUGCCAUUUUACUUGGAGGCUGCUGAAGGAGGACAUCAGUCCCGAGGAACUGGAGGAAAGGAUAGCAGAUCAAAUGGAUUUUUUGCCGUCCAGAUCUAAAAUCCAGAAUUAUAAUCUGCUGGCCUAUGUGAAUCAUUUGAAUGGCAAGAAAGAAGCUGCUCUGGAAAAUUUACAGAAAGCCGAAGAGGCUGUGCAAACAGAGUGUCCAAAGGCAAUUGAAAAAGCCAGUCUUGUUACCUGGGGCAACUAUGCUUGGAUCUACUACCACAUGGACCAGCUUGAAAAGAUGCAAGAGUACAUAAAGAAGGUGGAAAGUGUUUGCAAACAAAAUGGAAGCACCACUCCUUAUAAGAUGAAGCUCCCCCAUAUUUACUGUGAAAAGGGGUGGGCACUCUUCAAAUUUGGGCCAAGUUAUUUUGAAAAGGCCAUGGAGAGCUUUGCAGAGGCACUGCAAGAAGAGCCCCAAGACCCAGAAUGUAAUGCUGGCUAUGCAAUCGCACUAUACCGUAUGGAAGAUUAUUACGGAAAAAAAUCUUCGGCAGAAGGGUCAUCUCUGGAACCCUUGAGACGUGCAACUAGUCUAAAUCCCAACGAUCCUUUCGUUGUGCCUAUCUUUGCAUUGAAACUGCAGGAAAUUGGUCAAGUUGAAGAAGGGGAAAAGUAUAUUAAAGAGGCUCUUGAAAACAAUCCAGAUAGUCCCUAUGUUCUGAGGUAUGCUGCCAAAUGGUACAGGAAAAAAGGUGAUGUUAUUAAAUCCCUGGAGUUUUUGAAAAAGGCGUUAGGGUUGACACCAAACUCUGGCUUUCUGCACCAUCAGGUCGGCGUUUGUUACCGAACGCAGUUCUUUGGGAUGAAAAUGGCCAAAUCCCAAGUCAGAGAACAGAUGGAGGAGCUGAUCAGACAUUGUAUCUUUCACUUCCAAGAGACCGUGAAGCACAAAACCAAGUUUGUCUACGCUUAUAUGGAUCUUGCAGGCAUGUAUGCAGAAGCAAAGCGUUUUCAGGAAGCAGAGGAAGCAUUUCAGAAAGUAUUUGCCAUGACCAAGCUAACUUGUGAAGACCAACAGCAGCUCCACUUUUUGUACGGCCGCUAUCAACAAUUCCAAAAAAAAUCAGAAUCGGAAGCUGUGAAACACUACCUGAAUGGGAUGAAAAUUGAAAAAGAGUCAUAUCCAAGAGAAAAGUGCAAAAUGAAUUGUAAGAAACUGAUAGAAAAUAAAAUCAAGAAAGGUGCAGGAGAAGCAAAGAGCUUUGGCAUCCUUGGAUAUAUUCACCAGCUCGAUGGGGAAAGGCAACAGGCUGUUGAGUGUUAUGAACGAGCCCUGGAGAUGGAUCCUGACAAUGAAGAAUACCUCAGUGCUCUCUGGGCCUUGAGACUUUCUUUGCAAAGCUAAACUUUCCCCUGUAUGUUGAUAAUGUCAUGAAAUUCAGAAUUCUGCUUAUUCUGUAAUAAUUCCAUCAUAGUCCUUGGGAUUCCUUUGAUACAGUUAACUUGAGGAUCACAUAGCCUUUGAUAACUGACCCUUUACG